AUGGCGUCCACGUCUUCCUCAGAUGUUCUCAUUCUUGCCCUCGGUGUUGCCCUCGCUGCCUUAUACCUCUUCAGAGAUUCACUAUUCGCCGCUUCCAAACCCAAAGUAGCACCUUCAACUACCAGGUCUCUUGAUGAUACAGAUGGUAACCCUCGGGAUUUCGUAGCAAAGAUGAAGGCCGGCAACAAAAGGCUAGCCAUUUUCUAUGGCUCACAAACAGGUACAGCAGAGGAAUACGCCAUUCGUCUGGCUAAGGAAGCCAAGGCAAAAUUUGGCCUCACUUCGCUUGUGUGCGAUCCUGAAGAAUACGACUUCGAAACACUAGAUACUGUUCCGGAGGACUGCGCCGUUUUCUUUGUCAUGGCCACCUACGGGGAAGGUGAACCAACCGACAACGCUGUCCAGCUCAUGCAGAACCUCCAAGACGAGUCCUUCGAGUUCAGUAAAGGCGCUCACGAUCUUUCCGGUCUUAAAUAUGUCGUCUUCGGACUCGGGAACAAGACCUACGAGCACUACAACGUUAUCUCACAAUACGUGGACACUGCGCUCGAAAAGAUGGGGGCUAUUCGAAUGGGUAUUCGUGGCGAGGGUGACGACGAUAAGAGUAUGGAAGAAGACUACUUGGAAUGGAAGGACGGAAUGUGGGAGGCUUUCGCUACCGCCAUGGGUGUUGAAGAGGGCCAGGGUGGUGAUACCGCCGACUUCGCUGUUCGUGAACUUGAGUCCCACCCAGAAGAAAAGGUUUAUCUUGGUGAACUUUCUGCCCGUGCACUUACGAAGACCAAGGGAAUCCAUGACGCUAAAAAUCCUUAUCCGGCUCCUCUGACCGUCGCCCGCGAACUUUUCCAAGAUACCAAAGACCGAAACUGUGUUCACGUCGAACUCAAUAUCGAGGGUUCUGGAAUCACCUACCAGCAUGGAGACCACGUCGGUGUCUGGCCAUCCAAUUCUGAACUCGAGGUUGAUCGUCUUCUCCUCGCUCUCGGCCUCUACGAUAAAAAGGACAAGGUCAUCAACAUUGACUCUUUGGACCCUGCUCUCGCGAAAGUUCCUUUCCCAGUCCCCACUACCUACGCCACAGUCCUUCGCCACUACAUCGAUAUCAGCGCUCUCGCUGGUCGUCAAAUGCUUGGGACGUUCGCCAAAUUUGCCCCAAAUCCCGAAGCUGAGGCCGCUAUCAAGGAAUUGAACACCAACAAGGAAGUCUACCACGAAAUCGUCGCCAAUGGCUGUUUAAAAGCUGGAGAGGUUCUCCAGUUGGCUGCUGGAAACGACAUUCAGGCUAUACCUACGCCCGAGAAUACCACAGCAUGGCCUAUUCCUUUUGAUAUGAUUGUAUCUUCUAUUCCUCGCUUGCAACCUCGUUAUUACUCCAUUUCAUCCAGCCCGAAACUUCACCCUAAUUCUAUUCAUGUCACUUGCGUUGUACUCAAAUACCAGUCAACUCCCAACGAACGCGUUCCGGAAAGAUCCGUUUACGGUGUUGGAUCAAACUUCCUGCUUAACCUCAAGUAUGCUGCUAAUGGUGAAGAGGCACCUCUACUUGGCAGUACCGGCGUGGCUGGUGCGGUCGUGCCUAGUUAUGCCAUUGAAGGUCCCCGUGGAGCUUAUAAGCAAGAAAACAUCUACAAGGCUCCAAUUCAUGUCAGGCGGUCCACAUUCCGUUUGCCCACUAAUCCCAAGAGCCCCGUAAUCAUGGUUGGUCCUGGAACUGGUGUCGCCCCCUUUCGAGGUUUUGUCCAAGAACGCGUUGCCCUUGCCCGCCGCUCUAUCGAAAAGAAUGGACCAGACGCUCUUGCCGAUUGGGGUCGCAUAACUCUUUUCUACGGUUGCCGCAAAUCCACAGAAGACUUUCUGUACCAAGACGAAUGGCCUUCAUACAUAUCUGAACUCAAAGGCAAAUUUGUCAUGCACACUGCAUUAUCUCGCGAGCCUCCUUAUAAACCUGACGGAAGCAAGAUCUAUGUGCAGGACUUGAUAUGGGAGCAAAGAGACAGCGUUGCUGAUUCAAUAUUGAACGGCAAGGGAUACGUGUAUAUCUGCGGAGACGCGAAGAACAUGAGUAAGGCUGUAGAGGAAGUGCUAGCUAAAGUACUUGGAGAAGCCAAGGGUGGCUCGGCGGAAGUGGAGGGUGCGGCGGAGGUGAAGAUGCUCAAGGAACGUUCAAGGCUUUUGUUGGAUGUUUGGAGUUAG